CAAGAAAAUUCCAUCCCAUUUCCCAGAAUUUGCAUCAAUCAAUCAAUUAAAUAUCAGCUUUUGUUUUGAAUCUACAGUAAAGAGCUUUAGCCAUGGCGUCCUUCAACCCAAGUGGGUACGAAAAAUUUUCAGUUCCGCCGUCAGCACCACAGAAGUUCGGCCAAGAAGAUGCCACAACUGGGGUUCCGGUCAGCUCCUCAAACCAAUACUACACCGACAGUUCUCAGACCAAAACUCGAGUCCCUUGGUCUUCAGGGCUCUGCGACUGCUUCUCUGACUGGAGAAACUGUUGCAUCACAUGUUGGUGCCCUUGCGUAACUUUUGGUCAGAUUGCAGAGAUAGUAGACAAAGGAUCGUCAUCAUGUGGGGUGAAUGGAGCACUUUACACCUUGAUAGCAUGCGUAACCGGCUGCGCGUGUUGCUACUCCUGCUUUUACCGAGCCAAAAUGAGGCAACAGUACAUGCUUAAGAAACACCCUUGCGGGGAUUGCCUCGUCCAUUGCUUUUGCGAGUACUGCGCCUUGUGCCAAGAGUACCGCGAGCUUCAAUCCCGCGGUUACGAUUUAUCCAUAGGAUGGCAUGGGAACAUGGAAAAGCAGAGUCGUGAAGUGGCAAUGACUCCGAUGCCACCAGUGGUGGAAGAUGGCAUGAGCCGAUGAACAAGACGUCAAGUGGACAUCUUGUUAAAGUAGCACUAGUAGUAAUUUAUAUGUAUCUCAGUGCCCACCACAUAUAUAUAAGGUUUAUGAUUGUUAAUUGUGAUGCAAGUGUAAUUUAUCUCGGAUUUAUAUCACUACUGUUCUGUUUUGAGGAUUUGUCAGUUUUGGUAUUGCAUAAAUAAAAUAUUUGAUGUUAAUAGAA